AAUGCCUUCCCGAAGCAUCUCCUUUCGUGCCAUCAGUAGCAAACUUUGGAAACUGUAAUUGUCCCUGCGGGAAGAUCUGGCCAGGGCUCUCAGCAUCCACCUGGGAGCCUUCACUUCCUCAUUGCAAAGCCUCUCCCUGCCUCUGACCAGCAAUGCAGAAAGGUCAUUCCAAGAAGUAGCCUCAUCUCUGCCUUGACCUUGAUGCUGAGCAAGGAGAUUGGACUUUAGAGCUGAGUCGGCCAGGAACCGCUGGAGGGUUCAGCCUUGAUGUAAUGCCGAAGACACAACAAGGGGUGGAGACUUCCUCAGGCCUGGGCAGAGCAGAGUAGGUGAUAUCUUGUCCAGAGAAGAGAGCCUGACACUCCGCCAGCCUCUCCCACCCACCCGUCCCCAUGGACCGCACCGUGGUGCUCAUCACCGGCUGCUCCUCGGGCAUCGGCCUGCACCUGGCCACGCGUCUGGCAUCAGACCCAUCGAGGAGCUUCAAAGUGUAUGCCACUUUCCGGGACCUGAGCACGCAGGGCCCGCUGUGGGAGGCAGCUGAGUCACGAGGGUGUCCUCCCGGCUCCCUGGAGACACUGCAGCUGGAUGUACAGGAUGCAGAUUCUGUGGCUGCAGCCAGGGCACGUGUGACCGAGGGCUGUGUGGACGUGUUGGGUGAGCCUCCCCAAAACGCAUGCCAAAGCCUUCCCUGCCCCGUGUCCAAACCUAGGUGUCCCGAGGCCCAGGGAGCAUCAGGGGUCCCACAGGGGCAGAGGGCAGUGCGUGAGGCACGUGGGGAUAGACCUCUCCUUGCAGUGUGCAACGCUGGCCGGGGCCUGCUCGGGCCGCUCGAGGUGCACUCGGCUGACGCCGUGGGCUCCGUGCUGGACGUGAACUUGGUCGGGACGGUGCGGGUGCUUCAGGCCUUCCUGCCGGACAUGAAGCGCCGCCACUCAGGACGCAUAUUGGUCACCGGGAGCAUGGGAGGCCUGAUGGGUGAGUGGAAGGGGCCUGGUGGGGUGAGAGGGACGCGGGGGGCUGUCCACGGUUGCGCGCCCUCCGCCUCUCAGCGGCCACAUCUCCCCUCCAAAGGGAUCCCCUUCAACGACGUUUACUGCGCCAGCAAGUUCGCCAUCGAAGGCUUAUGUGAGAGUCUGGCCAUUCAGCUGCUGCCCUUCGGGGUCCAUGUGAGCCUCAUCGAGUGCGGCCCUGUGCGCACCGCCUUCCAGGAGAAGUUCCAGAUGGGCCGUGGCGUGGUGCUGGACAAUGUAGACGCCCAGACCCGAAACCUCUUCUCCCAGUACCUGCGCCACAGCAAGCAGGUCUUCCGCGAGCAGGGGCAGGACCCAGAGGAGGUGGCAGAGGUCUUCCUCACCGCGAUGCGCGACCCGCGGCCCGCCCUGCGCUACUUCAGCUCCGAGGGCAUCCUGCCCUUGGUGCGGCUGCGCCUCUCCGACCCCAGCGGCUGCAGCUACGUCGCUGCCAUGCACCGCAUAGGGUUCAGUGACAAGCCCGCCCACGGUCCUGACGGUGCCGGAACCGAGGCCGGAGCCGGAACUGGGGGACCCUGAGCUCAGCGCUCUUCCAGCCGCCCUGCAAUAAAGGCCUGGUCCCCAUGGUC